AUGGAAAUGAAAAUCUUCCAAAAUACAUACAGUGCAGAUAAACCAAAUUAUGAAAUUUACGUUGGCUAUGUAGCCAGCAAAACCAUUUAUGUAGCUGAUAAUGACAUUUACAACUGUGUUAACAAUAAUAAAACUACAAAAAGUUUCAAUCAUAGAUAUAUUUGUUUCACCAAAACAAUCAAUACCUGUACCAUCAUCCUCAUCCACUAA